CAGAUUGAUGUCAGUCUCACCCCUCCCUCACACACACACACACACACACACACACACACACACAGCCUACAAAACCCUCACCAGCAGACACAGACGAUCAGAGGCCACCGGACACCGGGACGAGACCGAAGAGACGACCGACAGAUAAAAACCACUUUGAUGAGUUUGACUCCAGACUGAGGUUGCAGGGUGUUGUAAAUCCUCGGCGGUAACGGCAGCUUUGGACUCACGUCGCUCACAGACAGCUGCGUCUGAACACUCACAGAUAUGACUGCAUGCAUCUUCUUACGGGGAGCAAAAAUUGACAGAGAAUUGGCAGAUGAUGAAAUUGAAGAGCUGAGAGAGGCAUUUAAUGAAUUUGAUAAAGAUAAGGACGGUCUAAUUAGCUGUAAGGACCUGGGAAACCUGAUGAGGACGAUGGGUUAUAUGCCAACCGAGAUGGAGCUGAUCGAGCUGGGCCAGAACAUCAACAUGAACCUGGGAGGAAGGGUGGACUUUGAAGACUUUGUGGAGUUAAUGGCCCCAAAGCUUUUGGCUGAAACCGCCGGCAUGAUCGGAGUGAAGGAGCUGCGAGACGCUUUCAAGGAGUUUGAUAUGGACGGCGAUGGCUCGAUCACUACGGAGGAGCUGAGGUGCGCCAUGAGUAAAUUACUGGGAGAACACAUGAACCACCGAGAGAUCGACGCCGUCGUCCAAGAGGCGGACAAUAACGGCGACGGUACGGUAGAUUUCGAAGAAUUUGUGAGGAUGUUGUCAAGCUGCUGAGGAAAUCAUCUCACCGGAUGCUGCAGACCCAUUAAACACACCCGCGUAUCCGUUAAUAUCAUAGCGAUUCCCCACAAACUAUGCAAAAAUCUCAGGCUUUCGAUGCAAACGGAGCUACUGAUCUGAGAAUCAGAGGUGCAAUAUUUCUGUGAAAUUAUAAAUGCAAGUCUAAUAGUAUAACGCUUCUGUCUUUACAUUAUUUUUAAUAGAUAUUUGCUCAAUAAAAUACAAAAUU